CUAACAGUAAAAGUCCCCACUGCCCACCUCAACAAAUGUAACGCCAAGUUUGUUUUGAGGUUAGAAAGUAGUUUGUGUGUAUAUUUAUAUAUGAGGGUUUUGUGGUUUAUAUUUAUGUAAAUAGACAAUUUGGUAAAAACAAUGUCUUCAAGAUCCGAAUCGGAUAGUGAAUCAAACCGUAGUGGAAGCCCUAUACAUCAAGGCCCUGCCCCAACUCCUGGACAUGGUUUAGACCGCUCAGCAUCAAAUUCUCCCCAAUACGCAAGGUCCCAAGAGCCAAGUCCCGAAAGGGCUGAAAGUAGAACUUCCCGUUCUCGUUCCCGUUCCCGUUCGGGUUCGCCAGCCUCCAGUGCUCGCUCAAGAUCAGCUUCUGCCGAGUCUAACAAAUCUGCAGCUUCUCAAAGAUCAGAGGCGUCAAACCAUUCCAGAAAAUCAAGAUCUCGAAGUGCCGCUUCCAAUCGUUCACAAAGAUCCCAAAGUGCUGGAUCAAAUCGAUCACGUUCAGGCUCUGCAGCAUCGCGAAAAUCUGGAGGGGCUUCACAGAGGUCUGGUUCUAACCGGUCAGAGUCACCUGCUAGGUCUCAGAGAUCGAGGUCUAGUAGUGCUGGUUCAAAAAAGUCAAGAUCUAGGUCGGGGAGUGCAGCUAGUAAUAAAUCGAGGUCGAGGUCAGGGAGUCCUGCUAGUAAUAAGUCAAGAUCAAGGUCGGGAAGCCCCGCUAGUAAUAAGUCUGGCUCCAGAUCGCCUUCAAGGUCCAGAUCUAGGUCAAGAUCGAGAAGUGCUGCGUCUAAUAGAUCCAAAUCAGCAGAGUCGAAUAGGUCUAAAAGUGCCGAAUCAAAUAGAUCUCGCCGGUCACCAUCAAGGUCUAGAUCUCCUUCCCCUGAAAAAGGGGCUGUUUCACAAGAAAAUAGUAGAUCAAACAGCCCAAAUUUACAAAUCGACGAUCCAGGAUCGCCUGCGAGUUCGAAGGGAGACAAAAGAAAAAGAGACAGUUCUGAGGAACGCAUAACUAAAAAGAAAAACCGUGUCAUUGCAUCUGAUAGUGAAGGAGAAGAGAAAGAGGAUGGAAAAGAGGUUAGUGCUGCGGCAAUAUUUGGUGACGCAGACGAUAUUAGUAGUGAGGAAGAAAAGGAUAAAGCAGAAUCAGAUAAAGAAGCUCCUCGAAGAAGCGACGACGAAGAGGAACAACGCCGUUCAGAAGAGGAAAAUGAAGAAAGACAACCCGAUGACGAAGAAGAUAAAGAAAAUGAGCCUGAACCGAUACCAGAAACGAGAAUCGACGUCGAAAUACCAAAAAUCAGUUGCGAUUUAGGCAGAGAUAUUCACUUCGUGAAACUACCUAAUUUCUUGUCGGUUGAGACGAGGCCUUUUGAUCCCGAAACGUAUGAAGAUGAAAUUGACGAAGAAGAAACUUUGGAUGAAGAGGGUCGAGCAAGGCUGAAACUGAAAGUGGAAAACACGAUAAGGUGGAGAGAAGUGAUGGAUAAGGAAGGUAAUGUAAAGAAAGAAUCUAAUGCAAGACUGGUGCGGUGGUCAGACGGUUCGUACAGUUUACAUCUGGGUUCAGAAAUAUUUGACGUCUACAAACAACCACUACAGGGUGACCACAAUCACUUGUUUAUACGUCAAGGUACAGGUCUUCAAGGCCAAGCAGUAUUCAGAACGAAACUUAGUUUCCGACCACAUUCAACAGAGAGUUUCACUCACAGAAAAAUGACGUUGUCUCUUGCGGAUCGAUCACAAAAAACUUCAGGAAUUAAAAUUCUGUCUCAAGUUGGAGCCGAUCCAGAUGCUGACAGGAAGCUCCUUUUGAAGAAAGAGGAAGAAAAAUUACGACAAACGGUUAGAGCUAGCAAGCCGCGCACUAGAAAAGGUGACGGUGGAACGAGGUCACAUAAUAGUAGUGUAUAUAGAGAAGAAGAGGGUAGUGACGAGGAAGGAGCUAUUUCCCUUAAUGCCAUUAAAAAUAAAUACAAAUCUGGAGCAGCAGCUGCUGCGAAAGGUCGGGUCGCUGCACGGGGCUGGCCUUGGCUGACUUGCCUUAGGACUUCACGUGCCUGACCUGUACGUUUUGGCAAUGCCUUUUACUCGAUCGACCUGACCCGUUUUUCCAUAGUCAGGUUGGCCGAGCGGUCUAAGGCGUCAGAUUUAAGCUCUGAUUCUCGAAAGGGAGCGUGGGUUCGAAUCCCACACCUGACAGUUUUUUUUUUUCGUUCGUUAUUUUGACGUUUUGUGUUGCGAUUAAAUAAAACACAGUUUAAUAUA